UGCAAGUCAGUUUAACGUUAUGUGAAUAUAAAUUAUAAACAGAAAAAUAUAAAAAAAAUAUCCUUCGGGCAAAAUGCCACUGGAGGAAAUGUUCAGCGUUUGUUUAGAUAGAGUUAUUCAAACUGCGUUUGAAUCACUCCUGCUGCAUUUUUGUCCAAGGGUAUCAUUACGUGUGCCAACCGUACAAAAUUUUAAUAAGAAAUACAAGUACUCGUUUAAUUUAAAUAAACCAAUUUUGGGGUCUAAAUUUUUCAAUGCAUAUUGGAGGUAAUGUGAAUGCAGCUUUAACAGAGAAACAAAAAAGUAAAUAAUAAACAUCAACAUGACACUAAAGAAAUUAUAUGAAAAUGAAAAUUAUGUGAUAGUGAAUAAACCAUAUGAUAUGUAUAUUAACACCGACGACGAAAAUGAAAAGAAUACAGUAACCUGCCAUAUAGCUUGUCAUGACUCUCAUUUGUCCACUUCCACGCAUCCUCUGCAUUUCGUGCAACGUCUUGAUUACGCAACCAGCGGGGUGCUGUGUAUAGCUAAGAAUAAAGCGGCCGCAGCUACAGCUGGCAAGCUGUUCGAGAAGAGAGAAACCAGGAAGUACUACUUGGCUAUUGUUAGAGGGCAUGUGAAGUUUGAACUAGCUGACGUUCAAUAUAAUGUUGGCAUCGAUCCUGCGACGGCAGACUCAAGUCACAAGAUGUUAGCGUUAACUGAUAACACAAUAACAUGUGUACAAUCGCGUCGCGCGCACACAAGGGUACUUGUGCUAGAGACAGGCUUCUACAACGAGGAACCGGUGUCUGUGGUGUUACUGAAACCGAUAACAGGUCGCCGUCACCAGCUCCGUGUUCAUUGUUCGGCUCUCGGUCACACAAUUCUGGGCGACUAUACAUACAGCAAUACCAUCGACAGCUCCCCGCACAGAAUGUUCUUACACGCAACCAGGUUAGUGUUGCCAUUGCAACAGGGUCCGUUGGAUAUCCAGACGUCGGAGCCUUUUUUUCAGGACGAACAAUUCACAACAAAAUGGAAAUCGAACGUUGUGUUCUACAAGUACAGAAAUCAAGAGGACUUUCAAUCAGUUUGUGAUAUUAUUGAUAAGUCUUAUGAAAUCGGUGUCAAGUAUAAAAUAUUUAACUGUAAUUAAAUUGUUAA